AUGUCAGCGAGAGAUAAAGCCAAAUACGGGUUUAGAUGUCUGCCGUCUCUGUGCCGUCCAGAAAGUCGAGGUCACAUCAGGCUGAGGUCAAGUGACCCCUUCGAUUAUCCGGUCAUCUGGGCUAAUUACCUCGACAAGCAGGAGGAUAUCGAUCUUUUAAUUAGAGGCAUUCAGGAGUGUAAGAAGAUCGUGAACUCCCAGCCCAUGAAAGAUAUCGGUGCUGAACUCACAGAGACAUCAGCGCCACCUUCGUGUAAACAACACAGAUACGACUCACACGAAUACUGGACGUGCAUGCUCAAGUUUAGACCACUCACCAUAUUCCACCCUGUGGGCACGUGUAAGAUGGGGCCGGCUAAUGACCCAACAGCGGUCGUUGACCCUGAACUCAGGGUCCGUGGCAUCCAAGGUCUCCGUGUUGUGGACGCCUCAAUCACGCCCUGGCUUGUGUCCGCCAACACCAACGCCCCCACAAUCAUGAUUGGUGAGAGAGCAGCAGACAUGAUCAGGGGCAGACCACCACUUCAACCUCUCCCACAUUUAUAG